AUGGUGGGAAGAAGACGAGGCCGAGGGAACAGCGUCCCCCAGCAGGCCCCGCAGAACCAGAGGAGAGGCCCUCACAGGACUCCAAGGGAGCCGGCCAUUUUUUCCAAAGCUAUGGACUGCGAAUCGGACGUCCCCCAUGACAAGCUGACAAUCGCCCAGGCACGAAGGGGCACACCAGCGCACCGUCCAGUGCGAGUCUAUGCUGAUGGGAUCUUUGACCUUUUCCAUUCGGGACACGCUCGAGCUCUGAUGCAGGCCAAAAAUCUGUUCCCCAACACACACCUGAUAGUUGGAGUCUGCAACGAUGAUCUCACUCACAAGUACAAGGGCUUCACGGUGAUGACGGAGGACGAGCGCUACGAGGCCCUGAGGCACUGCCGGUACGUCGACGAGGUGGUGAGGGAUGCUCCCUGGACCCUGACCCCGGAGUUCCUCAGGAGACACAAGAUUGACUUUGUGGCCCACGAUGACAUCCCUUACACCUCUGCCGGCUCAGAGGACGUCUACAAACACAUCAAGGAAGCAGGGAUGUUUGUGGCCACUCAGAGGACAGAGGGCAUCUCCACGUCUGAUCUGAUCACCCGAAUAGUCCGAGACUACGACGUCUACGUCCGGCGCAACCUGCAGAGAGGCUACACGGCCCGAGAGCUAAAUGUUGGAUUCAUCAAAGAGAAUAAAUACCGUCUGCAGAACCAGGUGGAUAAGAUGAAAGAGACUGUCCGGACGGUGGAGGAGAAGUCCAAACACUUUGUGUACAGGGUGGAGGAGAAGAGCCAGGACCUCAUCCACAAAUGGGAGGAGAAGUCACGAGAGUUCAUUGGCAACUUCCUGGAGCUUUUUGGUCCCGAUGGAGCAUGGCAUGUGAUUCAGGAGCGGAGUGGCCGCAUGCUGCAGGCCCUGUCGCCCUACUCAUCGCCCCGGGGUUCACCCAGCAGCAGUCCCACCAGAAGACGCUCCUGCUCCCCUGACACCCGCUCCCCUCCUGCCUCCCCUCAGCGGUAG